AGCUAUAUCUUUUUCACGUCUUUCUUUCUUUUCCCCCCUUUUCUCUAACCUUCCAAUACCGCAAAGAUGAGUCCUUUGGCAGUCUCACCUAAGAAUGUCGGAAUCGUCGACAUCCGUCAGAAUGACGUAGAGUAUUCAUUAGUCAAUGAGAUUCGGAGAGGCAUCAAUCCCCCAGAUGGAACGAGGCGGUCUUUGCCGACAAUGCUGCUAUACGAUACGGAGGGAUUGAAGCUUUUUGAGAAAAUCACGUACCUGGACGAAUAUUACCUGACCAACGCUGAAAUCGAGGUGCUAGAAACACAUUCGCGGGGGCUCGUUGAAAGGAUUCCCAGCAAUGCACAGCUUCUGGAGCUUGGGAGUGGGAACCUUCGGAAGAUUGAAAUCCUACUCCAGGAAUUUGAGCGCGUUGGCAAACGGGUAGAUUACUACGCCUUGGAUCUCUCACUCUCUGAACUGCAGCGUACCUUCUCCAAUGUUUGCUUAGAAAGCUACAAGCAUGUCGGUUUCCACGGCCUCCAUGGGACAUACGACGAUGCAAUCUCCUGGCUUGGAAACUCUGAGAAUAGGCAGCGGCCAACUGUGGUUUUGUCAUUGGGCUCAUCCUUGGGAAAUUUUAGUCCAUCAGAUGCGGCAGAGUUUCUUGCUCGAUACUCUAGACUUCUGGAUCCAUCAGAUAUGAUGGUGGUGGGUUUAGAUGCCUGCGAGGAUUCAGUCAAAGUAUACAACGCCUACAAUGACUCGGAGGGUAUUACUCAAAAGUUUUACCAAAAUGGGUUGGCUCAUGCCAACACCAUCUUCGGGUAUGAGGCUUUCAAGCCGAAUGAGUGGGAAGUUGUUACCAAAUACGACGCCGUCCAGGGAACACACCAAGCAUUUUAUGCUUCGAAGAAGGACGUAACUAUUGACCAUGUUGUUAUUCCCAAAGGUGAAAAGUUAAUCUUUGAAGAGGCAUUCAAACACGGUGCCACUGCACGUAAAAACCUGUGGCGCGACGCAGGUUUCAUUGAAGCCGCGGAGUUUGGCAAUAGUUCUGAAGAAUACCAUAUCCAUUUAUUAUACCCAGCCGCACUAGACUUUCCGACUUCACCCUCCGAGUACGCCGCACAUCCUAUUCCUAGCUUGAAAGAAUUUCAGUCUAUGUGGACUGCUUGGGACAUAGUCACCAAGGCCAUGGUUUCGCAGGAAGAACUUCUUUCAAAACCGAUUAAACUUAGAAAUGCUUUGAUUUUCUAUUUAGGGCACAUUCCUACCUUCUCAGAUAUUCAUUUAACUCGAGCCUCGGGUGGCAAACCCACAGAGCCAAAAUCAUAUCAGCAAAUCUUUGAACGGGGCAUCGACCCAGACGUUGAUGAUCCUGAGAAGUGUCAUUCUCACAGUGAGAUUCCUAACGAAUGGCCACUUCGCUCCGAGAUUUUGGGUUAUGAAGAACGUGUCAGAAAUAGAGUGCGGUCUAUUCUAGAAACGCCAGAUUUAUCCCAAGACCAAAAUUUGGGUGAAGCCAUUUGGAUUGGUUUUGAACAUGAAGCUAUGCAUUUAGAAACUUUCCUUUACAUGCUGAUCCAGAGUGAAAAGAUUCUCCCGCCCCCUGGGGUUCCUGUUCCCGAUUUUGAAAAGCUAUUCCAUGACGCUAGACAAAAGGAGAAGGCAAACGAAUGGUUCACUAUCCCGGAGCAGACACUAUCUAUCGGCCUCGACUGCCCGAGCGACUCGCUCCCAGAGACGUCUUUUGGGUGGGAUAACGAGAAGCCGACGAGAAAUAUAAGCGUCCAAGCAUUCGAGGCACAAGGUCGUCCGAUCACAAAUGGAGAAUUUGCUGAGUACUUGCAAGCCAAUGGGAUACGCCGUGGGCCUGCAUCUUGGGUCCAGAUGAAUCCAGAAACAAACAAGGCUACUGUUAGUGAAGUUUCAAGAUGCGGCUGCCAUACCACGAAGGAUUUUCUGGCCAACUUUGCCGUCCGUACCGUUUUUGGUCCUGUACCACUUAGUCUUGCCCAGGACUGGCCUGUCCUUGCAUCUUAUGACGAGCUAGCUCAAUACGCCAAGUGGACGAACUGCAGGCUGCCGACUUUCGCCGAGGUCAAAAGCAUAUAUGCUCAUUCGGCUCGAUUAAAGAAGACCAUACAGGAUGGAGAUCUGAAUGGCUCUGGCAGCCACGAGACGAAUGGAGAGCAUGAUAAGCCGGGGGAAAAUGAAGAUUUGAAGAGCCCGGCCAAGACACACGCCAAUGGCAAUCAACCGGUUUUACCACCCAUUGCCUCCUCUUCUCCAGUAUUCAUGGAUCUCUCAGACUGCAACGUUGGGUUCAAACACUGGCACCCGACUCCCGUUAUCCAGAACGGAGACAAACUUACCGGUCAAGGUGAAUUUGGAGGAGUCUGGGAAUGGACGAGCACGCCGCUAGCAAAACAUGAUGGUUUCGAAGCCAUGGAAACUUAUCCCGGAUAUACCUCCGAUUUCUUUGACGGAAAACAUAACAUCACGCUCGGCGGUUCUUGGGCAACACACCCUCGGAUUGCCGGGAGGACAACUUUCAUUAACUGGUAUCAGCGAAACUAUCCUUACACUUGGGCCGGUGCACGACUUGUACGCGACCUCUAAAGAGAAGUUAUAGUAUAGAUCUAUAGCAUACGACUACAAUGAUAGAUGGACCAUGCGUCCAAUGUAUAGUUAAUUGUUAUUACUGUUCAUCAUCCACCAUCAACUCCUCGGGUGAAAACAGGGCCAAGCU